AUGGCGGAGACACAUGGAAAGUUUCCGCGUUGUUUUCCCUUUUUCUGUGUUACAGGUUGGGUGGGAGGAUGUGUCUGGUAUCUGGAAGGAAGAGCUAUGCAGGAAUCCCCUCGCGAGUUCAUCCGUCUUUUCAGGAGCGUCCGUAAGCAGUGGAUGACAUUUCAACACUUUACCUUCCUCAGGCGCAUGUAUGUCACACAACUGAACAGAAGCCUCAACCAGCAAGUCAAACGGAAGCCAGAACCCACGGUGUCCCCUUUCCUUGAGAGAAGCUCUUUGGCUCAGGCCAAAGCAGAGACCUGUGCAAUGAGACCUCUUCCACCCCCCCACCUACCUUUAUCCAGAAAGCCCAAUGACAAAGAACUGCUGGAACUGGAAUCGGCCUCCGUAAUUGAGGGCUCACUCGAUGUGGGAAGAGAGACCAAGGAUGAAAAGCAGUGGAAAGAGAUGAAACUCCAUCUGGAUGAUUUGCCAGGAAUCUUGGCUCGGCUGUCCAAAAUCAAACUCACAGCUCUCGUCGUCAGCACCACCUCGGCUGGAUUUGCGCUGGCCCCGGGACCUUUUGACCUGCCGUGUUUCCUGCUUACUUUUGUGGGAACGGGCCUUGCAUCCUGUGCUGCCAACUCCAUCAAUCAGUUUUUUGAGGUGCCAUUUGAUUCAAACAUGAAUAGGACAAAGAACAGACCUCUGGUUCGUGGACAGAUCAGCCCGUUGCUAGCUGUGUCCUUUGCCACGUGCUGUGCCCUUCCAGGCGUCGCCCUCCUGACCUGGGGGGUGAACCCCCUCACGGGAGCCCUGGGGGUCUUCAACAUCUUCCUGUACACCUGUUGCUAUACGCCGCUGAAGAAGAUCAGCAUCGCCAACACGUGGGUCGGAGCCGUCGUCGGGGCCAUCCCGCCUGUCAUGGGCUGGACGGCAGCGACCGGCAGCCUGGACGCCGGUGAGUAUCUCGCGCAGACCCCGAAAGACCAGCGGGUGCUGGGGCACCCUGGCCGCCUGGCUUCAAACGAAGGACUGGUGCUCCGGCCGCACCUGGUUAACAUCCAGCCAGCGGUCACCUGUGACCACACCUUGGCCUGCAUCCUGCUGCUCCUGCCCUUGCCCUUGAUGGAGCUUACCCGAGCCCCGGUGAGAGCUGGCUUUCUGCCUGCCCACGCCUGCAUCCCGCUGGCUGAAGCUGAUGACCCCCCAGAGAAGCGGAGCGAUCCGAAGAGAUUUUCCACCGACGUCUGA